AGUUUACAAGAGUUUAUCCCGUCCACAAACUGAAAUUGUCAAACCCACAGGGCAUAGAUAAGAUAGAUGAACUAUUAUUAAUAAUUAUUUUUAAAUCAUCAUCUGUGUGUUAUGUGUCCAUGGAAACAAUUCAAAUAUCACAAACACUUGAUGACUUUCAAAGGAUUUUAUUAACCUACAAAAUAACUUUGAAUAUAUGUGAUUUAACAUAGCUGCAUUUUUUUUAUUAUUAACUAUUUGUCUUUGACGACUUUGGAGGGUGAACACACGAUUUUGCUGUGGUUGUAUGCAGCAUAAUAAGCAAUUAGUUGGCUAAUUAAUAGCAGAUUCUGACUUGGCUGGACUGUGAGCCACAUCAACUGGAACAAGAGCUGAAGAGAUUGCACAAGAGCUGUCCUGAACAAACCACAGUGGUGAGUUAAUCCACAGCAAACAAUAAUGUUUUUGUGACUCUAACAUGCUUUUCUAAGUGACCACUGGGUGACAGCAACUAGCUAUAAACAGGAGAGCUGAAUGACACAGUGAAAAAAAAACGGCACUGAGUGAAAAGUCACAAGAGCCAAAGUGACUCAUCCUGAUCGGCUCGGCGGGGUGCAGAGGCCAGAUGCUGCUGAUGCUGGUGUCCCUGCUCUGCUGCGUCCUUGCAGCCAAGGCCUGUCUGCAGUGUGACCGCAGUAUCAGGCUCCGGGACGAUACCUAUAUCCUGGGUGUUUCCGCUUUUGUCAGCCGGUUUGACCUGGAAACGAUACGUAGGCAUGCCUACACCACCUACAUACAGACCAGCAGGGAGCGAAUGGGAAUCAUUGAUGCCACCACUUUCUACAGAGUCAAAACGGAGUACCAGAGUGAAUUUGACCGCUUCUUGUCUCUGACAAGGGUUGGAAGUUUACUUGUGGAAACCACUCGGAUCAUGAAUUUGGGCAGGGAGAUCUUAGAAAAGCACUUGGACAGAUUCAUCAAUCAAGAAUUGUGCCCCAACCAGUGUGGGCUUUUGAGACGAAGAGUACUGGAUUGCAUCUCUUGCCACUACAAGACUUACGUCUGUCCCUCUCCCAUGCACCUGGACUGCAAUUCGUCCUCCAUACUUGCUUUUGAGGGAGAUCAGGUUGUGUUGAACUGUUUCCAACCAUGGCAUCGUCUUCUGUUGGAAAAAACAGAGUACCACUACUCCUGGUCCCCCUACUUGCCAGGAUAUCUGAACGAGAGCGACUUCACAGUCCUGGUAGUGACAGACGUCUCAUCUGUGAUCUUAAAUCAGGUGCAAGCGAAGGAUAUGGGAACAUAUCGCUGCUUUCUGCAGGGCCGAAGCGGAAUCGUCUUCUACAGAGUCAGCUACCGACUCACUGUCGUCCCGAAGCCUGAAACAACUCACCAACCCAUCCUGCUCACUCUGCCCUCCCUGCCUCUCGUAGAAAGCCAAUCUUUUCAACCUGUGAAGGACCUGCUGGUGCCAGUCAUCGUCAUGGUUACAGCUCUGAGCCUGGCAGCGUGCGUAGGCCUCGCCGUCGUCCUGAGAAUGAUGAUGAGCCAGAGGAGAGCCGCGGAGGAGAAGAGGAGAAGGAGGAUGGAGGGAAAAAACACCCAAGAAGACACUGUAUACACUAUAUUCACACUUCACUUUGACUCACAUUAGGUUGGACAUUUCUCUCUGUGACUAAAUAAAUUUCCCAG